AUGUGGCUGCGCAGUGGGGGCAGGGACAUACGAAGGGAGCUAGUGAGUAAGGUGGGGGCAUGGGCGUGUAUGUCAGUAACACCAGCAGCAGCGGGAGCAGAGGAGCAGGACGAGCAGGCGGGGGCAGGAGCGUGCGUACCAGCAGCAGCGGGAGCAGAGGAGCGGGAUGAGCAGGUGGGGUCAGAAGCGUACGUACCAGCAGCAGCGGGAGCGGAGGAGCGGGAUGAGCAGGUGGGGGCAGAAGCGUGCGUACCAGCAGCAGCAGGAGCGAAGGAGCGGGAUGAGCAGGUGGGGGCAGAAGCGUGCGUACCAGCAGCAGCAGGAGCGAAGGAGCGGGAUGAGCAGGUGGGGGCAGAAGCGUGCGUACCAGCAGCAGCAGGAGCGAAGGAGCGGGAUGAGCAGGUGGGGGCAGAAGCGUGCGUGCCAGCAGCAGCGGGAGCGGAGGAGCGGGACGAGCAGGUGGGGGCAGAAGCGUGUGCAUUAGCAGCGGCGGAAGCGGGAGGGAAGAACGAGAAGGUGGGGGCAUGGUCGGGUGUACCAGUGGCAGCAGAAGCGGAAGGGAGGGAAGGGAAGGUGGGGGCACAGGCGGGCAUGACAGCAGUAGCGGAAGCGGAAAGCGGGGCAGUGAAGGUGGGGGCACAGGCGUGCAUGACAUCAGUAGCGGAAGUGGAAAGCGGGGCAGUGAAGGUGGGGGCACAGGCGGGCAUGACAGCAGUAGAGGAAGCGGAAAGCGGGGUAGUGAAGGUGGGGGCACAGGUGGGCAUGACAGCAGUAGCAGAAGCGGAAAGCGGGGCAGUGAAGGUGGGGGCACAGGCGUGCAUGACAGCAGUAGCGGAAGCGGAAAGCGGGGCAGUGAAGGUGGGGGCACAGGCGUGCAAACCAGAAGUAGCAGAAGCGGCAGGGAGGGAAGAGAAGGAGAGAGCACAGGCGUGCGCAGCAGCAGCAGCGGAAACGGAAGAGGAAAGGAAAGAAGAGAGGUUGGGGGGCACAGGCGUGUGCAGUAGCAGCAGCAGAAGAGGAAGGGAAAGAAGCGAGCAGCAGAAGAGGAAGGGAAGGAGAGAAGUUGGGGCACAGGCGUGUGCAGCGGCAGCAGCAGAAGAGGAAAGGAAGGAAGAGACGUUGGGGACACAGGCGUGUGCAGCAGCAGCAGCAGAAAAGGAAGGGAAAGAAGAGAAUUUGGAGACACAGGCGUGUGGAGCAGCAGCAGAAGAAGAGGAAGGGAAGGAAGAGAAAGUAGGGGCACCUGAGUGUGUAGCAGCAGCAGCGGAGGCGGGAGUGGAGGAUGAGGAGGGAGGAUGGGCAGGGUGGACUGCAAAGGAAGGAUCUAAGUGGACGGUGGGGGGGGGGCCAAUGAGCGGGCAGGGGAGGGAGGUCACACUCGUGACACAGACAAGGGAAGAAGGGAGGGAGGAUGAGUGCCGGGAGGAGAGGGCAGGCCAUGGGAGGAAACAGAGGAGGGGGCAGUGGUACGAGUGA